AUGCGCUUACGCGACGAUGAACAGCUAGGAAUUGAUCACGACGCUGCCACGAAGACGACUGCCAAUACUGAGACGACGAUUGGCAAGACGAAGACAACCGCGCCCACCAAGAAGGCUACGCCUGGCAAGUCGCCUGCGAAGACCGAGACGCCGACCAAACGAGCGAAGACUGCGAGCGAGGCAAAGAAGACCAAGCGAAAAGUCGGCAGCAAGGCCGGCAAGGCGGAGGGCAGCAAGGCAAUAGAAAGUUCACGACGAAAGAAUUCGUCAACCAGGCACGCCUUGUUUCUGCUGCGGGCGCGGCUGUGCCACAUGCUCGACUCCAGCAAGUACGAAAGGCCAUUGAUCAACGACGCCGAGCGGACCGAUGGCGCACGCCACUACGGAAAUACCACGGAAGAAAAGAGGUCUUCACAUGGGCAUUUUGUUACGGUACUAGAGGACUACCUCAGUCUUCUCCAGCCCAAUCUUCAGCGCGUUCCAACACCGUUACCGCUGAAGGAGGAGCUGUUCAAUCUGGUAGCCACCGCCCACACCCAACGAAUGAUACAGCGACUCUACACCACAAGGGACGACAACGCUGCUGAGAAGUGGAGCUAUGAGCAGGACUGCUUACUCGGGCUUGUCGAUGGGGGCGUUCACCCUAUAGUCAUGAAGAAGUCGAAAGGAAGCAAGUCAACGCGUCACAGGAUUGGGUUCGCGUGCCAACCUGAAGUCACCAGUGGAUCCUUGGGUUCCACAGAGACGUCCGAACUGACGCCCAACUUCAUGAUCACGCGCGAGGGCAUGAUGGCAGAGUGCAAGAAGCUCGUCUGUGGCGAAGGAGGCUAUACUGCCGACGGCCAGCUGAACAAAAAGGAGCUGAUAGAGAUGUUCAAGGGCGUCGCACGGCCUAAGGCUUAUAUAACUUUCCGCAACAAGUUCAAAGAAGAAGCGGGCGCCGACAUCGAUUCCGCGGGAGCAAACCCCAUCCCUCAUAGCCCCUUUGGAAGGGGUCCGGAAACUGAUCGCCCUCUUUACGGGAGUGCCGCCGGCGACCAAACGGGGAAACCUACUUUCUACUCCUUCAAGUCAUCCACUGCGUCCGCGACCCUGGAGAAAGCCAUCAUGGAUUUUCUUCGCGAGACCUACACCUUUCGACAUGGUUAUGAGGAGGCACUGGUAGCCCUCCUGAACUGGGCUUACUUCUACGAAGAUGCUUCUCGGCCAGUCUCGUUCCGCACCACCAUCAAGUCCUUCAACUUCACCAAUGGCCAAUAG